AUGAGUUCAUCAUUCCAUACCACGGAGAAACCAUUUCCAAUUCUAAGCUACAAAUUCGAAUACAAGGAAAAUGGUGAAACACAUACGUACCCGUUCAAAACUGGUCGUAGGUUUUACAUCGAUCCUACAAAAUGUGGAAACUCCGCUCGAUUUGCCAAUCAUAGUUGUGAGCCAAACAUGAUUGCGAAGAAAUGGAUGGCCAACAAUCGAAAGGAAGGAUUCAAAGCGAUUGGGUUCGUCGCUAACAAGGAUAUCAGAAAGGGUGCUGAACUCACCAUCAACUACGGUAUGGGAAACGAGUCAGAGAUGUCUCCGUGGGAAGAGAAAAUGCAAAGGAUGGAUUGGCAUGAGAUGGAUGUCAUCGGGUUCUUCUUCUAA